CCGAGGGGAGCGGAGGGCGGAGCGCAGGGCGGGCCGAGGGGAGCCGAGCCAUGGCGGGGCCGCUGUGCCAGGGCUGGGGCCUGGGGGCGGCCCUGCGGAGCCGCGCCGCGCUCCGGCCGCUCGGGCUGCUGGCACCGCCGGCACGGGGAGUGCUGGGGCCGGGAACGGGAGCGGCAGCGGGAUCGGGAUCGGGAGAGGCGGCGCUGGAGGAGAACCCCUUCUACGGGAAGUACCGGCACAAGAUCCAGGAGCUGCGGAGGUCCAGUCCAGAGGUGUUUGAAUCCCGUAUGGAAAAAAGAAAUGAAGUGAAAAAGCAGCCUGUGGGACAUUCCAAACAAGGAGAGUUUAUCAGAUGCAUGGAGGAAAAGGCAGAAGGCUUGGGCAGCAAGACAUCAAAGGGAGGAUUCACAAAGGAUAAGACACUUGAUUCAAUUCUUAAUGUUGAGAUGGUGAAAGAAAAAUCAGCAGAGGAGAUAACACAGAUUUGGAAUCAGUAUUUUUCUGCAAAAGACACAGUUUAUGCUGUUAUUCCUGCAGACAAGUUUGAUUUGAUGUGGAAGAGAGCCCAGGACUGUCCAUCGUUUCUGUAUGCUUUGCCAAGAAAAGAAGGCUAUGAAUUCUUUGUGGGGCAGUGGUCUGGAACAGAAUUACACUUCACUUCCCUGAUAAAUGUUCAGACCCAAGGGGAAACUGCUCCAAGCCAAUUGGUCUUGUACCAUUAUCCUGAUCUGCAGAAGGAGAAAGGGAUAGUACUAAUGACAGCAGAAAUGGACUCCAAGUUCUUGGUGGUGCACGAUGCCCAGUGCUUGGCCAGCCAGGUGCAGCUGUUCUAUGCCACGGACCGCUCCCAGACCUACGGCUUGGUGGAGACCUUCAACCACAGGUCCAGUGAAUUCAAAUACAUGGCAGUUAUAGCAGAGCUGGAGCAGAGCGGGCUCGGCAGAGAACUGACACCUGGGCAGGCUUCUGACAAGUCAUAGAGCCUGGCCUGCGCUGAAAGGAGCCAGCAGCAGGCAGGGGGCCUAGCAGGGGCGGUCUUCUCCUUCCCAGCUUGGAUUUGGCCACAGAAAGUCUGCAGAGAUCCUGGGAGAGCGACUGUCAAGCCUGUCUGGCACUGAUGCAAGAUCAGGACUUGGGCCAUUUGAACAUUAACCAAUUGCCAGAAAAUGGAGCCCAGUACUUCAGUGUAACUUCAUCAGAAAGAGCAUUUUCCCUGUGCUGUAACUUCCUGCUGCCUGCUGGAUUGUGGAAAUCUGAAAUAAAGUGACAGGACGGGAACUAUGUAAUGGGCUGUACUGACAUCAGGAAAAAGAUGACAACCAGUGUUUCUUCUCAGUAAACACAUUUUAAAUGCCCUCCACCAUUAUAAUUGCAUGGUUCAGUGCUUUUUAAUCUGUGUGGAAUUCAUACAGGCUUGUCCAUCAAGAAGAAAGAAUAGGAGCAAUGGUCUAAGACAGACACCUCUUUGUUUCUUUGUGAGGUUUCUUACACAGAUGUAUGUUGUGAUCUGAGCUUUUCUCAGGAUUAAAAAACCAGAGUCACUAGAUUUGUUUUGGGAAUUUUCUGCUUCUUAAUUGAGAUAUUAAUUGUAUUCUGUUGUGAUGUUCCUGUCUUUGAGAUGUUGUUUUUGAGCAGUAUGAACAUAAUUUAUUUUUUAGUAUAUUUUUAAUAGUGCAGAGGAAUCAUUGUCUGUUUUACAGAAUUAUUUUUUCUCAGCCUGGCAUCUAGUCAGCCAACACACAAAUGGCAUUUGGAGGAAUAAAAAAUAACUCUUGUUCCCACUUCAGGAAAGGCACUAUCCAUAAUAAAGGGAAGAUGGACUGGCAGAGUGACAGAGAGAGUCACCAGCCAGCUUCUUGUUUGUCAAGUGAAAAAAAUGUCUUGGUGUGAGCAUGCAGAGCUGCUUUAACACAGCAUGCUUGGUAAGAGCCUGGCUUUACAGACUUCAGCAGAUUGGGGGUUUUAAACCUGCCCCAGCAAAAGAAUCCCAGAACUGAUGCUUUGAGCUUCUCUUGUGUUCAUUCCCAGCAGAGGCAGGCAGCACAUCCAUGCAUAAGGACACUGCAGCAGUGGGAUGUGCAGCCUGUGGGGUUUACCAGCACUGCCACCACUGCACAGGGGGACACAGGACAGCCAGGAGCUUCCAGACCAGCACUGAAACAUCUCCCAUGUCCUCAUUGAACCCCCAGCACUUUCUCAUUCUUAGCACUAACAUUGCACCUUGUCAGCCUGCUGGAGCUGGCAGGCAUUCAUUCCCUCCUUUGCCAGAGAAAGGGGGAAAGAAGGAUCUGCAGUUUGUCUCUCUGCUGGAGGGCAUGCCUGGUAUCAGUUUUCUUCAUUAACCACAACCUGAUACGAAGCUGUGAUGAGUUAUGAAGGUUUCUUGCAGCAUCUUUUUGCUGUGUAGUUGCAGGAUCCCGUUGCAGUAAUGCCCUCUCUCACUCUGUACUUCCUUAGCCCAUUCUUUGCACUACGUGGCCUUUGAAAGGUCCCUCCCAGCCCAGCCCAUUCUCUGAUUUUAUGACUUGAACACCUCAGCUGAGCACUGAAGCUACACAGUGCAGUUUUAUGUUGAGGUCUAUUUUAUCACCAGCUCUCAGAUGUUAGGUGUGAACUCCUGUCCAUUCAGGAAAUUGCAGGAUGUUUCUAGAAGAGGCAGAUCUUCCCUUGGGGCCUUGCUGAAAGGAGAUGGUCUUGCUCCCUGGUAAUGUCUUUUGGUUUCUGUUAGCACUGAGUGUGUACAGAGAAGUCUGCAGAGCAGGGGAAUAAUUAGUCAGGGCUGUGAUAAUCUGAACAGCAAAUCACUUUUAUUAAAAGGCAUUUUUUAUUUCUGGUUUAUAGUGUUCAUGCUCCAUUUAUUAUUUUUCCUUACCUGAUAGAAGGGCUGUUUUCAUUAAUUAUUCACUCCCUGCUUUGAAGAAGUCAAAGUUGACGCAUUAAUUUUUAAUGUUGCUAUAAUGCAACAUCCCUAAGAGUGAAAUCUAAGGCUUCCAAGUCUAUACCCCAGCCUCCUGAGAAUAAAAGAUCAAAUUAUCAGGUAUAACACUAGAGUGAUCACUACCUGUAAUUCUGAGUGGUGUUUUUUUCAACCCAUCAUAUUGUGACAAGCUAGCCGAGACUCCCUUUUCUUCAGGUGGGAAAAAGCCAAUUCUUUAUUCACAUCACUUCUUUUAGACAGUUUUCACAGACUGUUGUUUCAUGUACAACACCUGCUGGCUGGUAGUUUUCUUACUAUUCAUUUUUUGGUCAGAAGGUGAUUUGUGUGUAAGAUUCAGGCUGUUUACAUUAUUCCUUUAUGGAUUCUCGUCCCAUUGUUUAUUUACAGUGAUGCACUCAUUUCUCAGCCCAAGAAUAGGCGGUUGUGGGGCUCGGCCGCCACAGCCCUCCCGGGGCUGCUGCAUCCCCGCCUCCCCCAAACACCGGCGGGAGAAAAGCGGAGGGGAAAAACGAGAACAAAAACCCCUCUAAAGACCGCAUGUAGCAAAAGGGAGAAAAACAGCGAAAAAAAAAAUACAGAAAAGGUUAAAACGGCACAAAGCGCUUGUGGCCCCCACCUCCCGUUCCGGAGCCCGCGGAGCUCCGCGGAGAGCGACUGCCCAUGCAGGGCCCGGCCGGGCAGAGCCCCGGGGCUGUCGGAAAUCCGGCACAGGCACCGGGACGGAACGAGGGACCGGCCCUGGAGCGUCAGCUGUGGGGAGGAGCCGCGAGCAGGAAACGCGCUCCGGUUCCAGCCGUCCGCACAGCUCUGCUGUUCCGUACGGAGCUGCGAACCGGCCGGAGCCCGGCGAUCUCUGGAGGAUCAAACUCACCCGCGCGGAGCUGCCGCGGCCCCCGCGGCUUCCCGGGGAGCGGCCCCGCCGCGCCGCCCGGGGACCCUGUGUCCCGGCGGAGCCAAUUCACAGCGGCGCAGGAACGCGGAUUCCGCCUCCCGGCGUUUUUUUCACGUAUUCUCCCUUUUUCGUCAGCUGAAGUUCCUCAUGGAUUUCAGCUGAAAGUUUCCUCCUGGCUUGGCAUUUGCUGUUGGGAGUUGCAUCUGCUCCACAGACCUCCACCUCCUGCUCACAAGAUCUGAGAACGUUUUGUUGUUCCUGCAUCCCAGGUCCCCAGGAUGGAGGACAGCAGCAUUGCCCAGCCCUUGCUGGGACUUGGGGUGGCUGUAAUGAGCAUCCAGCAUUGGGGAUGGGAAAAGACUUUGCCUGAACCUGCUGGAGUCAGGAAUGUGGCUGGUUUGCCAGUGACCGCGAAGAGUCUGCUGGAUUACUUGAGCUUGAUCCUGAUUUUAGGGGCGUUCCUUUGACCUGAGCCUACCUGCAAUGACUGCGAGAGAUUCACUCAUGGGCAGGGCAAGGCUGAUGAGGAAAAGGCUCAGCCUGCAGGUCUGGGGAGGAUGCACACACAGAGUUGAGCUCUGAGGUUAUGGCUGUUGUACUGGCUUAGCUGAUGGUGGUGGUGGUGGAAGCAGCUGGACAGAUGAAUUUGGCAGCUUGUGCUUCCCUCCUGCCUCAAGAACUGUGCAGGGCACUUCACCUCAGGGUGUUACCUUUCCUGCAGAUGUGAGACACCUCAGCCAUCUCAUGCUGUAGUGGAUGCAGAGCAUAGAUGAAUCAUGCAUGUCCUUGGUGUGUCCUGCUGUCACCUGGUCACCCAAAUGGGGACAGGCAGAAAAGCAAGGGGCUUCUGGGAUGUGCAGGCUCCAGUCAAAAGUGAUCCGCCAGUGGCUGCUGCCCGAUGAAAUCGGCCCUCCAAUCUCUUCUUCACUUCUAGUAAGAUGCUGCUGCAGGUGCCAAAGAGUUUCUAUAGCACCUGCACCAAACCAACCUUACAGAGAGAGGGAGGAAAGGAGAGUAAAGGCCUUGCAGGGCUGGCCUGAGCUCCCUUGUGGCUGGCUGGUCUGGGAGGCUGCUGGAUGAAUUUAAAGACUGCCUCUGAACACUGUGCCUCAAGGGCAAACCUUGGCAUCACCUGCAGCUGAGAAGCCUUGUUGUGGGGAAAGGAGUCUGGAUCCUGCAGAGAUGCAUCCUGCUGGAUGCACAGGCUGCAUGGGUUGGGAGAUAAAGCCACAGCUGCAGCACCAGGGGAUGCCAGGCAGGGUUCAGGGGAUCAAACCCUCAUCCUAAACCCUCCAGCUUUAUGCAAACGUGCCCAUCAGGCACAUCCUCCUUGCCCUGUGCCCCACUCCCCAGCUCACCCAUCACCUGCAAACACUUGGCUUCACCCGA